AUCGGAUUAAGGUAAAAGAAAAUAAAACGCGUAUAGCCGGACCACUGGACCUUUCUAACCCGUUCCCUGACCUGAAGACGGGGAACUGGUGGUGGCCGGGCGUCGUGCGUCUCUUGCUGAUGUUUUUGUUUUUUUUUUUAGUUGUUCAAGGACGCAUACAGUCUUGGGGAUGCAGGAACRUCAGCUGAUGUCAGGACUCCAGCUCAGCUGUCACAGGCUGUGAUAAGACACUCGACUGUGUUCAGUCAUCAGAUAUGUCCAUCAACGUCCUCCUGAGAUGGACCAUCAGGUCACAGAGGAAACCUCUGGCCACAUGUUUAACCCAUCAGAGAGCGUUGUCAGGUGCAGAGGCUGUUAAUGCGCUACGACCUUUUUACUUCGCUGUCCAUCCAGACUUUUUUGGUCAAUAUCCCAGAGAACGGAAAGUGAAUGARAAUUCGUUACAGAGAUUAAACGGAUAUCUGGAAAACCUUCAGAGGCCGGGCUCUAAGUCUGUCCGGCCGAUGACGUUGACCUUUUUUGUCCGAGAAACAAAAGACAACAGUGACGUUCAACCGGACGCGCUGACUUCAGCAGGUUUUCGAUCCGUGAGUUUCACCCUACAAACUCAGGAUGUCCUGAGCACGGUGAUCAAUGUGCUGGCCUCCUGCAGCCUGCCUGUGGAGCACAUGAAGGGACUCGCGGGGAGUUCUUCCACGUCUAAGAGCUCACCUGAGGCUGGACUGUUUUUCUACAGACCUAUUAAAUGGGACAAAAGCUACUACAGCUUCACAGGCUUCAGAGACCCCGAGGAGGAGCUGCAGCAGGCCAGGACAGUAGAGCCCACACUCAGUACAUGGCUGAAAAAGAACGAGGCUGAAGCUACAAAGCAGCACGGCGCCAGCCUUCCACGAAGAGAAGAGCUGAACCGGCUGAAGAAGGAACUGUGUGAAAACUUUCAUCUGGAAGAUAUCAGGUGGCAGCGCAGCUGGGGAGUGACUCAUAAAUGCUGCCAGCUUCAGAGUCUCAGCCGAUUGUCCUACCAGAACCCUGAAGCCCUCAUCAACCUGCAAGGACACACGGUUGUGUUUGCUGACCAGUCAGGGAUGAACGCCUCUGGACACGUCCUGCUGGGAAGUAUGGACGUUCAUCACCAGUGGGCCAAACUGUUUGAGCAGCUGCCGAGCUACCGCAGCCUCCAGCAGCAGACGGACCAGCUGAAAGAAAGGAUCAGCUACCUUCUGGGGGGAACUCAAGUGGUCCACGUGGAGAGGCUGGGCCUGGUCCAGUCUAUCACCGAGCACUACAGCACGGUCAGCACCUUCCACAAGAGCCUGAGGAGCUGGCAGCUGCGCCUGCACCCUCGCAGCCUGCACGGCCUCACCAUGGUGCUGGAGAAGGACCGCUCCACACCCCGUCUUCAUGAGAUGGGACACUUCAUCAUCCCCACCAGCUGUGACCCUGCCAAGCUYCAGCUCUUCCUCCAGAACCACGCCUCCGAGGCCCGGCAGAGAAUCCUACAGACCAGUCGGCUGCAGGUGGAGGAGGACGCUGUGGUCCAGUCUUGCCUCCAGUCCCUGUCUCUGAGGAGCCUGUCCAAAGAACCCAGUGUGAGCUCCAGUCAGAUGAUCCRGUGCUGCCAGAGGCUGCUGGAGCAGCGCCCCCCACUCCUGCAGGGCCUCCACAUCUGCGUGUCUCACUUCUACUCUGUCCUGCAGGACGGGGACCUGUGUGUCCCUUGGAACUGGAAGAUCUGAACCACGGGUACUGGAUGUCACAAGACCGCACUGAGUUGGCACAAAGACGCACUUUAUCCUCUGAUUAUUAGAGUCGCARGAAAGAUGUGGAGGAAGAGAAGAGUAAAAGUUGUUUUUAAACUCGGGAGUUGGUUCUGGAAGAGGUCUGGACCUCCCUGAUCAAACUGCUGAACCAAAGAAGAUGGAUAACACUGAAAAAUGUUUGAAUACCGAUCACAGACGUGGUUCAGCACAAAGUCAGGAAUCAGUGUUUAUUUUUAUGGAAGUCAGUUUGGUUUAGUCAGAAACGUCAGUUUAUUGUGGUCCAGACUGAGCUGAAUGUAAGUGACUUCAUUCAAAACGAAUUUAAUCAGGACUCUAGGAACACUACAGAGUCCAGAACAAACUGUAUGGUCUUGUCAUCAGUAACAGGUCCAACACUUUGUAACACUGCAGACUGAAGAGGUUAACAUGUUUAAUGAUUGUUGGAAACUCACAACGGWGGAAAACAAGUUUUAAUUUCAGUCUCUUGAAUUCUGUUGGUACCAAUGGACCAACCACUUCYACAAUGGUUGUUUUGCAUUUUAAAACUUAAUGCCAUACUUUUAUAAGUUCAAAAUGUGGUAUAAUCUCAAAAAACAAACAAACAAAAUUAAACUUUCAACUGUAAUAUUGUGUAAAAACACACAUUAAAGUAUUGGUUCUGACUGAGACACUUUU